AUGGAGGAUUGUGGAGUUGUGAUUCACUCAAGCGAUGCUUAUUCUACUCCCAUGAAUCCAAUUAAUGGUGGGACAAUAAAAAAGAGUUUGGGACAAGGGAAGAAUAAGAAAAUUCAGCCACAACAGAGUUUGGGGAAAGAGAAGAAUAAGAAAACUCAGCCACAGCAGCCACAAGUUGAAAUCCAGAAUGAAGUUGCACCUGAGGAUAAUAUUGCAGCCCAAACUGUCCCAAAUUCUUCCACAAGUGGUCUUCCUUCAUUGGAUGAACGAUUGUCUAUAUAUGCAUUUGUGAUGAUACGAAUGGGAAGAAUGAUGGAGGAAUUUGGAAAUACUCAAAAUGAAAUAAAGGAGUCUCUCAAGUCUUUGUUGAGCAGAUUACAGUUUACUUUGGAUCAUGUUGAUAGAGAAGCUGAUUUUCCAGUUUACUGA